GAACCUGCACCCUCGCUUUUACUGUGAGCACAUAACUGAGCCCUACACCCUCUCGCCGACUAGCUCUCUGACUGAUUGUGUUCUAUAGUCUCCAACGCUUCCCUCUCUUCCCCGCUACUCCACGAGCCACAAACAUGUCCGACGACGGCCCCCGUCUUAUAAGGCCUAUCCCUCGCCGUCCCUUCGAACUAAACCACAUUGCUCCGACUCCUCCAGAAGACGACUCGUCCUCCCCCAGUCCGAACCCUGAAUUCGAUUUGUCAAGACUACACAAUGGCCAAACCACGUCCUCAGAGUCCGGCUCCAUACCUCGCGCUCAGUCGGUACUUAACAUGACUGCAUCGACGCUGUUUGGGAUCUACUCGCCAACCACAUACGGCAGAGACUCGCGAGAUGAGCCAGAUACCCCCUGGGGUACUGGGGCGCAAACACCUAUCAAGAGGGCCAAUGUUGACGACACCACGUUCGAGCUCAUGAAGGAUCGCUCCAAUCUGUUGCGUCGCCGAUCUUCGUACCGAAGUGGAGCGAAGACUCCGCCGCCCUCAACAGCAACCACGGCUCUAUUCAACCUGUCCCGCAUUGCGCUUCUCUUCGUAAUCGGCAUGGGAUACGGACUAAUGGUCACGAGGUUGCAAAAUGAGCACAGAUUCUCAUCGUUCCAGGUCGACAGUAUGAUGAAGCCCGGCUAUAACUGGCAAUAUCUUACAUUAUGGGGCUUGUCUGGUGUUGGCCUAGGCGGCCUCCUCCCUUGGUUCGACGGCGUAUGGGAGGAUGCGUUUGGAAAGGAGGAGGUAGUUUUGGAGGAGACGAACGGCAGCCCCUCAUCACCAGAAGAUGUCAGCCCUGUCAAGGACUGGGCUGUGGUUGUCCGCAGCAUAGGCGCUUUUGUUGGCAUUGUCUUCGCCAUUCGGAAACUUCCCUGGGCAUCUACCCUCCAGGUGUCUCUCACAUUGGCACUGGUUAACCCAUUCCUGUGGUACUUGAUUGACCGUUCGAAACCCGGGUUUCUGCUUUCGGCCGCCGUGGGCUUGGCGGGAUCGGCUGUACUCCUCGGUAUCAACCCAGAUGUGAUGCCUACACCAUCAUCUCUGACCUACCGGAACGAGUCGGAACGGGCCUACUCGGAGCCCAUCACUCUUGGUGGGCUCGCCAGCCAGGAAACCAUCGAGACGGGCAUCUGGAUGCUCAGUGUUUUGUUCUGCAGCUGCGUCUGUUUUGGCAAUAUUGGCAGACGAUUGGCGUUGAACAAGUCGGCGUCUGCGCGUGGCCGAUGGGCUGGUACCAGAUGACAAGGCCGUCUGUCAAGGUGGAAACUGUGCCACUUCGGUUCAUGAGUGUGUCCUAAGCUUUGUAUUCUUGGAAAGGUUAGGAACGAUUAAAAGGGGCAUAUCCAUAUGGAUAUAAAUAUCCAUUCCAGGGGUGUAUUCCGAACUGUAUUUGGUCUCAAUAGCGUAAUGAUAUUCCCAGCGUCGAGGCAUGCCGCAUU